CGCCCGGGGGACGCAGGACCCGCCCGCUCCCGCUCAGGCCGGAGUGAAGCUUAGUGUCGCCGCCCGCUCGCCGCCACGGUCGCCAUGGUGCAAGCCUGGUACAUGGACGACUCCACCGAGGACCCCCGCCUGCCCCACCGCGCCGAGCCCGCCCGCCCGGUCGGCCUGGAGCAGCUGCGCCGGCUCGGGGUCCUCUACUGGAAGCUGGAUGCUGACAGGUACGAGGACGACCCCGAACUGGAGAAGAUCCGGAGGGAGAGAAACUAUUCGUGGAUGGACAUCAUCACCAUCUGCAGAGAGAAGCUGCCGGAUUACGAAGAGAAGAUUAAAAUGUUCUACGAGGAGCACCUGCACCUGGACGACGAGAUCCGCUACGUCCUGGAUGGCAGCGGGUACUUCGACGUGCGGGACGAGGAGGACCGCUGGAUCCGGAUCGCCAUGGAGAAGGGGGACAUGAUCACCCUCCCCGCGGGGAUCUACCACCGCUUCACGCUGGACGAGCAGAACUACGUGAAGGCCAUGCGGCUGUUUGUGGGCGACCCGGUGUGGACGGCGUACAACCGGCCGGCCGACCACUUCCCGGCUCGGGAGCAGUACGUGGCGCUGCUGGCGCAGACGGCGUAGCGGCGCGCGCCCCUGGCGCCGACUCCUGCGCGGGAUAAGGGCAGGCGGUCUGCCGCGUCCUCGUGUCUGUGGUGUGGGCUGGGGGCUGGGAGAGCUUCGCUUUGCGAGGUUAUUUGGUUGGAAUACGUUUUAGUGCAAGGAGCCAUAAAACUGCCUUUCACGUCAAAGCCACUGGGAAUAUGGGCGGGCAGUCCCCUUCCUUUCCUGUGACCCUGUCGCCUGGCACCACACACGGUUCCACGUGAACCCCCAUGAGUCCCAUGUCCCCACACCGCAGGGCCUAGCUGCACCGUGGGGACCGAUUCCGUGUCUUUCAGCAGCUAGCAGUCAAGGCCACGCCCGCCUGCGGGCGGAGUGAGCGGAUGCCAGGACCUGCUGGUGAAGGGCACUCUUCCCCCAGACUCGGGCGGGGGUGGGGCGAGCUCUCCCAGGAAGGGGUCUUGCAGCUGCUCACACCGCUUCCUCGUUUAAGUAGCUGCCUUAACUCUGUGCUUGUGCCUUGGAGCCCCCUUAAAUGCAAGUGGCUCCACGUGGCUCCCUCAGAUCACCCCACGUGGAUGCUUUGUGUGAUCAUCUGUAAUUCCUGUUCUCUGUGCCACUGUGUUUAGUGUGAGAUUUCUAGGUCAAACUCCGAUAUAUAUUGUUACAAUCAAGCUUUUGAAUUUUAACAAGAAAAUGGUACAUUAAUUUUUUAUUAAUUCUGAGAUGCAAUUAUGCCUACUUUGUUAUAAUCAUUUUAAAAAACUAAAAUCAACAUGCUUUGAA